CAUGUUUCUAUUUUCUUACGUAUUGAACAAAUAUCGAUUUGAAAUAAUUUAAUUAAUUGUUUAUAACAGAAACUAUCGAUAUAGAUAUAUCAUGGCUUUAUUACAUUUUAUUUUCAAAAUUUCUGUAAACAAAAAUAUCUACACGGUCAGUCGACACAUUUUUUUUCCAUUAAACAUUUUUUUCCGCUUUCUUCAUUAAAGCGUAAGUAUUUAUUUUAAGCAUGAAGAGAGAAAGCGUAAACAAGCGCGUAAUUCAAACCCUUCAACCACUUGUUCGUCCCGUGAUAAGCAUGUAGGAAUACAGAACAGCGGCGAGGCAAGGCAAAAAUGCAAGAGGCAAGACGAGGCAUGAGGCAAUAACGUGACGGACGACGUCGUCGUUUGCGAACGCGAAGGGGGAAAAAAUCAGAGGGGGAAACCGGUGCGUUUCACGGCUCAUCGGGAGCAACGCAUACAUGAGUGUCAAUCGGUCGGUGUCCAGCUCCAGCUGCGUAGGAGGAGGACGAGCGGCGGCAGCGCGAGGACGAAGACGUUUCGAUACCGCGGCGCGCACCGAAGAUGGACUCGAUGACGAGGCAGCAGCAGCAGGGAUCACUGGCGAACCGCUGGUGCCGCGGCCCGCCACCGUUUCCACGCAGACCCUGGACGAGCGAGACCGGCAUCGCCGCCGCGGCCACCGCCUCGGGCAACCUGGGCCUCAAGGGGGUCAUAGCCGGUGGUAUUACUGGUGGCAUAGAAAUUUGCAUCACAUAUCCUACGGAAUAUGUAAAGACACAGCUGCAACUGGAUGGAAAAGCUGGUGCUGGCAAAGAAUACACAGGAAUAGCUGAUUGCGUAACCAAGACUAUUAAGACUCGUGGAUUUUUCGGCCUGUAUAGAGUAUCCGUCCUGCUCUAUGGUUCUAUACCAAAAUCGGCAGUGCGAUUUGGUGCUUUCGAAUCAGUGAAGAAUCAGUUGGUGGAUAUAGAUGGAAAACUCAAUCCACAAAGAAGACUCCUGGCAGGUCUUUGUGCUGGAGUAUGCGAAGCUAUUUUUGCAGUUACUCCAAUGGAAACGAUUAAAGUUAAAUUUAUCAACGAUCAACGUUCGGCGAAUCCAAGAUUCAAGGGAUUUUUCCAUGGAGUGCGGUUAAUUAUAAAGGAACAUGGUUUUAAAGGAGUAUAUCAGGGUGUAGGACCUACAAUCUUAAAACAAGGAUCCAAUCAAGCUAUCCGUUUUUUUGUGAUGGAAACAUUAAAAGACUGGUACAAAGGAGGUGACAAUACCAAAAGUGUUCCUAAAGUAGUCGUUGGUGCAUUUGGUGCAAUUGCUGGUGCAGCAUCUGUUUUUGGAAAUACACCUGUUGAUGUUAUAAAAACUAGGAUGCAGGGAUUGGAAGCUUCAAAGUACAAGAGUAGUAUGGAUUGCGUAGUUCAAGUGUGGAAGAAAGAGGGUCCAAUGGCAUUUUACAAAGGAACCAUUCCACGAUUAGGCAGAGUAUGUUUAGACGUUGCUAUAACAUUCAUGAUAUAUGAUUCCUUCAUGGAACUUUUCAACAAAGUAUGGCCUUAGAUCUGUCGCAUUUUUGUGUAUGUGUACACAUACACAUGAUACAUUCAAAUUUUACAAAUACGUUGCUUUUACAUUGACAUAAUUUUUAUAAACAUAUAUGACAUA